CGGCGGGGACGCGAUGGCCGAGCAGGACGCGGGCGGGCGGCGGGGCCUGGAGGCGCUGCAGGACCUGGUGGAUCAGCUGUAUUCCUUUCGAGAGUGCUACUUCGAGACCCACGGUGUCGAGGAUGCUGGAAGGAAGCAGCGGGACGUGCGGGAGGAGAUGGAGAAGACCCUGCAGCGGAUGGAGGAAGUCGUGGGUUCUGUCCAGGGCAAGGCACAGGUGCUGAUGCUGACUGGGAAGGCACUGAAUGUGACUCCUGACUACAGCCCGAAGGCUGAGGAGCUUCUGUCAAAGGCUGUGAAGCUGGAACCCAAGCUGGUGGAAGCCUGGAACCAGCUGGGUGAGGUGUACUGGAAGAAAGGGGAUAUUGCGGCCGCCCACACCUGCUUCUCGGGAGCCCUCACCCACUGCAAGAAUAAAGUGUCGCUUCAGAACCUGUCCAUGGUGCUGCGCCAGCUGCGGGCCGACACCGGAGAUGAACAUUCUCGGCACGUAAUGGACAGCGUCCACCAGGCCAAGUUGGCCGUGCAGAUGGACGUCCACGACGGCCGCUCCUGGUAUAUCUUGGGGAAUGCGUAUCUUUCUCUCUACUUCAACACGGGCCAGAACCCCAAGAUCUCCCAGCAGGCCCUCAGUGCCUACGCCCAAGCAGAGAAGGUUGACCGGACAGCUUGCAGCAAUCCUGACCUUCAUCUGAACCGGGCAACGUUACAUAAGUACGAAGAGAACUAUGGGGAGGCCCUGGAGGGCUUCUCUCGGGCUGCAGCACUGGACCCUGGCUGGCCAGAGCCCCAGCAGCGGGAGCAGCAGCUGCUGGAGUUCCUCAGUAGACUGACCAGCCUCCUGGAGAGCAAGGGAAAGGUGAAGACCAAAAAGUUGCAGAGCAUGCUGGGAAGCUUGCGCCCGGCCCACCUGGGCCCCUGUGCUGAUGGGCGCUACCAGUCGGCCUCUGGGCAGAAGCUGAGCCUGGAGCUCAAGCCGUUGAGUGCGCUGCAGCCGGGAGUGAACAGUGGAGCCGUGGUCCUGGGGAAGGUGGUGUUCAGCCUCACCACGGAGGAGAAGGUCCCCUUCACAUUCGGCCUGGUGGACUCCGAUGGACCGUGCUGUGCCGUGAUGGUGUACAACAUGGUGCAGAGCUGGGGAGUGCUCAUUGGGGACUCUGUUGCCAUCCCUGAGCCCAGCCUCCGGCUUCACCGAAUCCAGCACAAAGGAAAAGACUUCUCCUUUGCCAGCGUCCGCGUGGAGACCCCUGUGCUGCUUGUGGUGAACGGGAAGCCUCAGGGCCCCAGCAGUCAGGCCGCGGCCACCGUGGCAUCACGGCCGCAGUGCGAGUGACCGGCCUGGACGCGGCUGCGAGGACGGGCCCUGAGCGGCUCGGCCAGCCGCAGCGCCCCAGAGACCCUGCCGGCGGGGUGCUCGAGGCCCCCAGCCUGUGCCCGCCUCUGCUGCCGCCUCCUGUGCCCCCCAUGGUUCAGGCAAGGAGCGGUGUCGGCAGCGCGUGGGGCCGCCGGGACCGAGGCCCGGGCCCCUAUUCUCGCCUCCUUCCCGGGCUCCUGUGUAUAUAUCAUUUCAGUAUUUAUUGCUGAGGGAGGGGACUUAAUUUUUUAAUGGCUUGUGUAUUUUUUUUUUUUUUUUUUGCUGCAAUUUUUGUUUUUAAACUUUAGGUCCUUCCCCUUCUUUGGGGCUGGAAGAGAAUUAAAUUCGUUUGGAGA